AUAGCCGCCCAUAGUUGCUGAGGGUCUAAGCUUUGGCGUGCAAGGUCCGGGAAAAUACGAUGCUUCCCCUACGUAAGACUGGUCCCAUGUUUCGUAGCCGCAAUACUUCUUCCAUCGUUUCAUCCAGCGCACAUCUAUUAGAUACCUAAAGAGAGCUCUCACUACAUAGGCCUACACAGCCGCAUAACUGUACUCACCAGGUAUCUCCUUUGGCCAGCUUCUGGCUAAGGAGUGGACGAAUUUCUUCUCUCUGACUUCUCAGAGAAGGAAGUAAACUUCCGGGUAGUGCCAUCUUUUGUGAUCACACCCACUUUAAUUAAUGCGCUACAAUUAGAAGGGCGGUGGUGACGACUUGACUGAGCGGCCAGCAUGGGCUUGGAGGCUACAGUCGUGUGUGUGGACAACAGCGAAUGGAUGAGGAACGGAGACUUCGUCCCGACGCGGAUGCAGGCCCAGCAGGACGCGGUGAACGUGGUGUGUAGGAUGAAGACCAGACAGAACGCGGAGAACACCGUGGGACUCCUCUCACUAUCAGAUGCUCAGGUUCACGUGACGCUCACCUCAGACCAGAACAAGAUAUUCAAGGCCCUCCAACCCCUGGAGCCAAAGGGUUCCGUCAACUUUGUUACUUCUCUCAGGAUUGCCCACGUCAGUAUUAUACAAACCACUGUACACCUCGGGACGCACAUGUGCAUGCAUUGUCUUGUUCUACAUAAUAUGUGUGUGUAUUGAUCAGUUGGCUCUGAAGCACCGACAGAACAAGAACCAGAAGAUGAAGGUUGUGGCAUUCAUCGGCAGUCCUCUAACUGUCUCUGAUAAAGAGCUGACCAAGCUGGCAAAGAGGUUGAAGAAAGAGAAGGUCACGAUUGAUAUUGUCAGUUUUGGAGAGACGGAGAAAAAUGCUGAGAAACUGAAAAAGUUUAUUGAAACUCUGAAUGGCAAAGACAGGACGAGUCACCUGGUGACAGCUCACCCGGGCCCUCUGCUAUCAGACAUUCUCCUCUCGUCUCCAAUCUUCACUGACGAGGAGGGGGCUCCCCUCGUUCCCCUGGGACAGGGGUUCGAAUUUGGCAUCGACCCCACAGAAGACCCUGAGCUAGCAAUGGCACUGCGUGUGUCAAUGGAGGAGCAGAGACAGAGGCAAGAGGAGGAGGUCAGGAGGGCCACGCAGCAGUCUAACGAACAGGGUCCUCCCCCCACCAUCACCGAGGACAGUGGUGUGGUGGUGAGUCAGGAGGGUGGAGGGAUACUGGCACAGGCUCAAACUGCUGAACUGCCGUAUAAUCCAGCUUUUGCAGGGAUGGCAACCUCAGAGUUGACAGAGGAGCAAGAGUUGGCGCUGGCUCUCCAGAUGUCCCUGCAGGGAGCCGGCAUGAGUGGCCUACUGGAGCAGGCCAUGGAGACCGAGACCACACCCACUGUGGCUACCGACGGGGGAGAGCCAACUGGAACUACUGAAGUACCCGAGGAUUCAGACAAUGCUAUUGGAGCGGAGAUGGAGGAGCUGAUGCAGAACAAGGCGUUCCUGGAGUCUGUUCUGAGCACUCUGCCCGGGGUGAACCCCGAGCAGGCCCUCAGGAACCUGCGGGAGAUGACAGAGGCCUCCACCUCCUCCUCGGCCCAGGCACAGGGCGGGGGAGGAGGAGGAGGGGAGGGAAAGAGGAGGAGGCAAUGGAGCUAGAGAAGACUGAGAGCAAGUGAGAGCUCCAUUGGGUGACUGGUAC